CCCAAAAAAAAAAGGCAAGAGAAAAAAAACCCUUUUUUUCCUUAUAACGCGGCACUGCUUCCACUUUCAGCAAACACAUACUCACUCCCUAUUUAAACGUGUUUGCCUUGCCUCACUCACACUUCCAUUCAAAACCACUCUCUCUCUCUCUCUUUCUCUCAGGUGAAACGACGUCGUUGCAAUGGAGGCAUUUCCGAUUCCGAGCGAUACGUACAAGCUAGGUUUCAUCGGAGCAGGUAAAAUGGCGGAGAACAUAGCCAGAGGAGUGGUCCAAUCGGGUCUCAUGCCUCCUUCGCGUAUCAGCACUGCACAUUCCAACCCUUUUCGCCGUGAUGCCUUCGAGUCCUUCGGCGUCUCCGUCCUUUCCCGAAUCGACGACGUGAUUGAAGAAAGUGAUGUGGUUAUUUUCUCUGUCAAACCUCAAGUCGUAAAAAAAGCUAUCUUACAAGUGAAGCCAUUGCUUUCAAAAAAGAAGCUCCUGGUUUCAGUUGCUGCUGGAAUCAAAUUGAAAGAUCUGGAGGAAUGGGCUGGUCAAAGCCGAUUUAUUAGGGUAAUGCCGAAUACUCCUUCAGCUGUAGGCGAGGCAGCAAGUGUUAUAAGCUUGGGAGGAUCUGCAACGGAAGAAGAUGCAGACAUAAUAGCUAAAUUAUUUGGAUCAGUUGGCAAGAUAUGGAGAGGUGAUGAGAAAUUGUUUGAUGCAGUCACUGGUCUGAGUGGCAGCGGCCCAGCAUAUAUAUAUUUAGCGAUAGAAGCUUUGGCUGAUGGAGGAGUGGCUGCAGGUCUACCACGAGAACUUGCUCUAGGUCUAGCUUCUCAAACUGUACUGGGUGCAGCAACUAUGGCCACCAAAACUGGGAAGCAUCCAGGUCAGCUCAAAGAUGAAGUUACAUCACCUGGUGGGACUACCAUUGCUGGUAUUCAUGAGUUGGAAAAAGGUGGAUUCCGUGGAACUUUGAUGAAUGCAGUUAUUGCUGCAGCUAAUCGCAGUCGAGAACUUUCCCAAAACUAGUCAUAUCAACUUCUUUUCCAAUUCUGGUAAUGCUGUUAUGCAAUAAAGUCUGCAAUUUAUUUUAACUUAAUUAAUUUUUAGAAUAUUUGGAUAGGUUAGCUCGUGGCCUCUCCUUUUGUAGUUAAUGGAUGUAUGCAUUUUUUGGCUUGCUAGUUGUCACACUCAGUUUUAGUAACUAUGAAAGGGGGAAUUAUUUA